UAACUGGAUGGCAAGAUGGCGGUGGUAGUGCGGAGCUUGCAAGACCAGCUCGACAAAGCGAAGGAAGGCCUGAAGAAUGUGGACGAUAAUAUUCGUAAAUUAACGGGGCGUGACCCAAAUGAAUCAAGGCCGGGUCAGAUCCGUCGGCUCGGCGGCCCCAUGGCGGGCCCCGGCGGAGGAGGUGGAGGCCGAGGACUGAACCUUCUCAGGCGUAGUCUCUCAGACAUGGGAAGCGGCGGCCCCCCUGCCAAGCAUAGAGACAUCGAAGGAGUCCUGCUGAGGCUGGCGGGGGACCAGCGGGCCAGGAGAGACGUGCGUCACGACAGCGACGCCGAAGAUGAUGAUGACGUCAAAAAGCCAGCGUUGCAGUCGUCUGUAGUAGCUACCUCGAAGGAGAGAACACGCAGAGACCUCAUUCAAGAUCAAACCAUGGAUGAGAGGGGCAAACAGAGGAACCGGCGUAUGUUCGGCCUGCUGAUGGGGACCCUGCAAAAAUUCAAGCAAGAGUCUCACAUCGCCACAGAUAAGCAAAAGCGUCGUUUCGAGAUCGAGCAGAAGCUCGAAAUUCAGGCUGAGGCUGAGAAAAAGAACGUGGAGACCAACAAGAGAGAGCUGUUUGAGGAGCGGAGAAACAAACAGACUGAGCUGAGACUGCUGGAACAGAAAGUGGAAUUGGCUCAGCUGCAAGAGGAGUGGACCAGCCACAACAACCAUCUGGUGAAAUACAUUCGCACAAAGACCAAGCCUCCGAUCUUCUACGCACCUGGGAAAAUGUGCUCCGCCACACAGAAACUCCUCGAUGACUCCACCAAGAAACUAAAUGUCGUGUUUGAAGAGAGGCGUGAGGCUUUUGCCGAACACCUCAGCAAGAUGGAGUCCCGCCCCCGGCGGCAACCAAACCGCGACCAGGAUGGCAACAUGGCAGCAACAGGGAUGGACCACCCGGCGGAGGGUAAGCCAGCGGGUCAGGUAGUCAAGGUGAUGGGUAACAGGGGGAAUGAGGAGAUGGAGGAAGACGACGACGACGAGAUAGAGGAGGGGGAGGUAAAGGGGGAUAGAAAGGCGACAGAGAAGGAUAACAAGGGGGUGGAAGGGAAGAAGGAGGUGUUGAAAGAGAUGGAGGUUGAGAUGGUGGAGUUGAUUGAGGAGGGGAGUGAGGAGAAUAAGGUAGGAGAGGAUGAGGUUAAAGCUGUAGAGGACAGGGAAGGGGGCAAGGUAGAGGAGACCAGUCCAGAGUCAGAAGAGAUGGAGGGUGGGUCAGAGCAGGUGGACAGGAGUAAGGGUGAGGAGAAGGAGACAGACAGUAAACAGGCGCCCACAGACCUCCAAACCAAGAAGACCCAGGACACCCAGUCCUCUGAACCAACCGGCGCCACCCAAGAAGCCCCGAAUGCCAGUAACCAAUCUGAGCUCAGCCACACAGCAGGGGAGCCCACAGAGAAGCCUUCUGAGGCCCCAGAACCCCAAACGGCCCCCACAGAGCCUGGGCAGGAUAUCCCCACCACCAUCCCUGGCCCCGAGGUCCUAAAGCCUGCAGCAGAGCAGCAGGCCGUGGAAGAGAAGCCGGGCGACAAAGCGCCCCAAAAACUGCCCGAUUCCCAGGAGGCCACCGGCGUCAUCUCCAAGCAGAAGGAGGAAGGCGGCGGUGGGAGAGGGCGAAAGAAGGAAAAGCAGCCAAAGAAGGGCCGCAUUCAUGGCAACAGCUCCUCCUCUUCCUCCUCCGGCUCCUCCUCCAGCGGAAGCUCCUCCUCGUCCUCCGGAUCCAGCCACUCUUCUUCCUCAUCCUCAUCGUCCUCGUCGUCAAGCAGCCGAAGUCGCAGCCGCAACGACGGCAAGCGCAAGAAGAGGCCGUCUGAGAGGGCCAGGGACCGGAAGAAAGGAGAAGAGAAAGGUCACCACAAGAAAGGAGGGAGCGGAGGAGGAGGAGGAGGAGGGAGGGACCCAAAAGGGUCCAAGGAGAGGAAGAAGAGGAGCGAGGAAGGAAGGAGGUCAUCCCGCAGCGAAAGGGAGCAUCAAGAUAGAGACAGGAAGGACAAGAGACGCUGAUUGGGUGGCAAAUGUAGAAAACCGGAGAUAAAAUCAACUAUUUGUCACACAAAGAGUUUUUAAACUAGUGUUUCCUCUUAAAAUGUCACGAAGGCCUUUUGAGGUUUUAACUUGAUUUGGGUUCUCCUUAGUGUAGGGAUUCACAAGAUGUCAAAAAGGAUGUAAACUGUGGCUAUAAUUUGACCUUUUUACUUGACAAAAGAAAUGUAAACUGGACUCUUUCUUGGUCAGCGGUGAGCCCGUCUCACUCAACGGGUUUGAAACCUACAAGUUUCUUUGAGGCUUCAUUAGUCGUAUUAUCUUCGUCCCGACGUCUGGGUUUUAAAGUCUUGAUCCAGGAUGUGUUGAAUGUUUAGGUUUUUCUUUGUCCCGACCUAAAUGCCACAGGUGAGGGGGGUGUUCUGGUAGCAGUAAGCACUAAUGUACACGAGUGUUUUCAAGUUGAUGUGACAACGCUGUUCAUCCUCUAGUUUCCAACAUUUGAUCAAUGUCCAGGCCCUUUGUAACUUCAUGCGGGUACAUGUGUGAAAUGUUGUUUUUUGAAAACGUUCUUGCCAUUUUUUUUGUACCGACCAAAAAUCUGCUUCAAAUUAAAGUUGAGAUCUUAGUG